AUGUAUGCUAUAGCGCUGUACUUUGCAUCUUAUGCUCUUUCGCCUUCAGAUUUAAGGCACUUCUUGGAUAGCCAUCACCAUAUGGGCAUUCGAGCCCUAAAUCUCCGAACAAGUUUGCAGAUAAUCCGGUUUUGUUCGGAAGCACUCGACUGCAAGGCUUUUGAAAACCCCUACUAUGAUACCAAUCCCAUCCUUGCUGAGAUCACAGGUGAAGGAGAACUCGUGACACAAAAACGCAGGUUGCAUGAUACCUUGUUCUGGACGCAACCAACUGAUCAAAUUGGCGACCGAUUCAAUUAUGAAAACGAAGCCCAGUAUUAUAUCUGCCUACUUGCUAGGCUUGGGAGUGAUGAGGUACUUCACACAUGUUGGUCUCACUUCUUGAAGAACAUUCAGCCUGAAAACUAUCAAAGCUGCAUUGCUGCCUAUGAGGUAGUGCUGGCUCUAGUCCGAAAUGUUCAGUCUGAAAUAGCAGUGAAAUGGUUGGAAGAUAUCUCUCAACAUUGUGGUGAUAACCUACCAUUCAUUGCGAAGUUUUCCAAUGUUCGAUCCCUCCUUAGUGACCCUGUUGUGGGCGAGGCGCUGCCUGACCUAGUGAGGGGAGAGGACUACCUCGAACUACUCGAGGUUUGCCUUGAGGACAUGGAUCGAAGGACAGGUGUUCAAUGGAGCCCUGAAAGCCAAAGGCAUUUCAGUACGGCCUUGGACCCCUCAGAAUCAAUCUGGGAAGCAUUUGAUGAUCAACUUUUACCAAAAGUCGACAACAAAUCCGUUGACUCCGACCAUGGAGGACAGUUGUAUGCAGAACUUCUGGUUCAUGGCUGCUCCAAGUCUCCGGCUGCACUGGGCAGGGUCGCAGAUCUGUUGAAUGACCACGGCGGACAGCCCCAAACGAUCGUCACUCGUCUUGAUUGCAAUGUAGCACGGCUUGAUGAACUUCGCUCCAAGUUUGAAUCCCUCGAACUCCGCUGGGUACCAGAGCACUCACCGAUUGAAUUUUCUAACUCCCAAAUUCCGGCGCUGCAUGAUUUGUCUGAGCCUAUGACGCCAUCUACCCUAGGCCUUAUUCGGGCUCGUUUCAUCAUUCAAGGAGUUCCUCAAAUGGGGAUCGACAACUUACAUUUGAUGCAACUUGGCUCCAUGGAUAUGCGGUAUGGCCCAGACGAACCAUGGCAACGAUCAGGCUACAUCGUGGUUUGGGACCGUCAUUACGGGGAACUCCUCGGGCUUUAUGUUGGGCAGAACAACGGGGUCAUUGACUGCGGACCAGCACCCUCAGAUGGCCCUCUUGGUGCCUUGAUGCAUCUCGGACUCCCAGGCAAUCGUAACGAGCGAAUAUUUGGUCGCCUUCAUGCUCGGAAUUGCUUGGGUCCUUACUAUCUGGAUGUAGAUCCAAGUGAAGAUUUAGAGUGUUGA